GUGUAAGUAUUAUGUUUAUUUCACUGCUCAACAGGUUAUUUUGAUUUAUAUUCCUGUUUAUGUUCAGUUGACACUAACAUCUCGAAUUGACAGCUAUAAAAUUUAUGUCAUUAUUAAAUAAUUAAUAAUGGAUUUCGAUACAAACAAAAAAAUAAAAAAAUGUUUAAGAAAUCGAUUUAAAUUUAAAUAUUUUAAAUCAAACAAACAACUUGAAGCAAUACAAACUGUUUUAAAAGAGAAAAAUUCUGAUGUACUGAUUAAUUUACCUCCUACAGCUGGCAAAUCUCUGUGCUUUCAAUUACCAGCCGUUUUAUAUGAGGAUAAUAAUGUUGCAAUUGUUUUUAUGUCGAAUAACAAUGCAUUAGAAGAGCAAGUUGAAUUUUUAAAAGAAAGAAAUAUUAGAGUAUGUUAUUUUCAUUCAAAACUUUCUAAAUUAGAGAAAGAAAAUUUUUUCAAUAAAUUAUCAACUCGUCAAGAAACACCAACAUUUAUUUAUAUUACUACUACUACAUGUGCUUCACAAGUUUACAAGGAAUCUUUUCUAACAUUAAUUAAAAAUUUGUAUGAGAAUAACUUGAUAUCCAUGUUUGUAGUUGAUGAUGCACAUUGUUCUAGUGAAAACACGAUAGAUUAUAAAAAAUUUUAUAAUGAAAUAAUUAAAAUAAGAAAAAAUUUUCCAAAUGUACGUUUGAUUGCACUGACUUCAAUAGGCACUGAAAUCAUCAAUGAAGAUAUUAAAAAGUCUUUGGGAAUGGUGAAUGCUGUUGAAUACAACGGAGAUUACAACUGGGUCCGAUCAAAUAUUUAUAUUGAUAUAAAAUAUAAGGAUAUUUUAAAUAAUCCACUUGAUGACGUAACAGAAUUGAUUAAUAAUUAUAUUGAAGCUAUGGAAAGUUUUUCAGGAAUAAUAAUUUGUCAAAAAAAUAAAGAUACGGUGAUGAUUGCUGAUGAAUUAUCGCGACGUGGGAUACCAACAGUGCCAUAUUUCACAAAAAUGAAAUUUACAGAUCAAACAAAAAGUAAAGAAAAGUGGAAGAAGAGAGAAGUCGUGAUGAUUGCGGCUACACACGGUUCUGCAGUGGGCCUUAACAAAGACAAUGUUGGUUUGGUGAUCCAUUGGUCGUUGCCAUCAACAAUUGAUCAAUACUAUAUUGAUAUUGGCAAAGCGGGACGACUAUAUGGAAAGGCCCAUUGCAGGAUCUAUUUCGGGCUGGAAGAUUGGCUAUAUGCACAGUUUAUAAUGAUGAGCAUGUCCAAGCAAAUUUUCUCAGGGUUUGAACAUGUUGUUAAUUUUUGUACUUCUGACAAAUGUAGACAUGUUUUAUACUCGGAAAGUUUUGGAUUCACAUGCGAAUCAUGCAAAAACCGUUGUGAUGCUUGUGGAAAUCAAAAUGACUAUAGAAAAGCUUUCAACAAAUUUCAAAUUGCUAUGCAACAACAUCAAAUGUUCAACGUUAUUAAAGAUGAACCCAUUUCUAAAAUUUACAUUUAUAAAAUUGGCCAAACUUUAUCUGAAAGACUCACUAAUUUUCAAGAAAGAACGUUUAAUUAUAGAGAAAAUAAUUAUCGUAUAUUGGCAUUUGCUUUGAUUAAAAACUAUAAUCGGGCACCAGAUACAGCCGAUAAACCACGAGAAUCUGUACUUGGUAUUCACAAAAAAGUUUUAUCACGAUUAGCAAGAAGUUUAGAAUACAUUGCAUUUUCCACCAAUAACAUAGACGACUACUUUCAAAAACUUCAAGUAUUGAGAAGGUCGAUUAAGAAGAAAACUGCAUCAAAAAUACUGUCUAAUUAUAUUAUUAACUAUAAAUAUUGGGGUGAAAAAUGCCAAAAAAAAAUAAUUAGUACAAAUAUCUUACAUUUAAAAUAAUUAAAAUUCGAUAUAACAUUCUUCGAAGUUAAAAAAAAAUUAUAUGCAAAUAAAAAUGUAUGAAAUCUAUAUUUUAAAUAAUAAUGUUAUUAAUAAUUAUUAAA